GAGGAGGAGGAGAAGACAGUGGAAACACUGUCCGCACCCCUUCUUCUGCGGAUUGGGGAUGGCUGGGGAAGCAACAGUUUUGGAAGUCAAACUUUUUACCUCUGCCGCCUGCUUUCCCCGCACGCUUCUUUUUAACAAGAACCGCCACGCUGGGCGGCGAGGGCGGUUGCGAGUUGAUUUCCUUCCUCAAAGUGGAAGCGACACCCUAAGGGGAGGGAAACCUGCACGGGCGGGUCACUGACCUCUGACGUCGCCUCCUUCUCCUCUUCCGCUCCUGCUGUGGCACGUUUCCCUGCCUUGAUCCAACGGAUCUGCUGGACCCGCUCCCUUUUUCGUCGGCGAUUUGCCCCUUCGCUCCAUUUCCCCCCCCCAGCUCCGCCCCUGCAAGAGGAGGAGUGGGAGAAAGGAAGAAGAGGCGGCAGCUCCCCUAGUAACAGCGACGGCCCCAGCAACAAGGAACUGUAGCCAAUGAAAAGCGCGGGAAACCGCGGGUGGCAGUUUUUCGGUUCUGUUGCUGUCCCUUACACACGCAGAGAGAGCGAGAGGGUCUGCAAGGCUGAUGCUGUCAUCCCCACAAUCUCUUUUGAGAGAUUGGUACACUGAUGAAAUUGCCAAAACCUCAGUAUAGAUGUCUUUUUGAGAAGCUGAAGAAACUGUAUUUUCCCCUCACUGUCUUUGUUGUAUUGAAAUAGGAGUAUAAAGGCUGAUUGCUUUCCUGCAAGAAAGCUCUUAUGAACACCAGACAGACAAAGAGAAAGUGGGAAGAAAGACUGAGGGAUGUCAGAGAACUAGCAUCUUGGUAUAAACGAAGGCCUCUUUGCGUACGUUACAAACCACAGCUGUCCAAACCAUGGCAACCAUCCUCAAUUUGGAAGCUAUUUCAUCGCCAAACUCAAGCGUUUAACUAUGCCAAGACGUGUAAAGAGGAUGUUCAUGUUUUUGCUUUGGAAAAGAAUACUGAAAACAAGCAAAGGUUUUAUCUUGUGACAACAUAUACAGAGCUUUGGUUUUAUUAUAGCAAACAUUGUGAAACAAGUCUUAUGCAUUGUUAUGAAGUUAUUCCAGAAGAAGCUGUUUGCAAACUUUACUUUGAUUUAGAAUUCUACAUACCAGCAAAUCAAGGAGCUGAUGGGAAUCAGAUGGUAGCAGACUUAAUAGAGUUUGUUUGUAAAAAAAUAGACGAACGCUAUGGAAUAAAAUGUUCAGUUGAAGAUAUUUUGAAUUUGGAUUCCAGCACUGAUGAAAAAUUUAGUUGUCACUUAAUAUUUCAGCUCCAUGAUGCUGCAUUUAAGAAUAAUAUUCACAUAGGUAAUUUUUUACGAACAAUUUUUCAACCUGGUGCUCUUUUAACUAAGAGUAGAGAUGCAAUGGUUCGAGAAAAACAGAUGGUUUCUCUUUCUCAGUGUUGCAAAGCUACCAUUGAUUUGCCUAGCCUUUUUGAAAACCAGACAGUAACCAAGGAUGUAUCUCAAAGUUGGAAACUGAGUUCUCAGAAAGCACUGGAAAAUGGACAGUUACAGUGGAAAGAAAAUCCAGAUCUUUCUUUUCUAAUAGUGACUGGCAAACAGGGAGCAAAGCAACUGUUUGUAGAUCUUGGAGUAUAUACAAAGAACAGAAACUUCCGGUUAUAUAAAUCAUCAAAAGCAGGAAGCUCUGUGGUUUUGGACAUUGCUGAAGAUAACAGAUUUGUUCCUAAACCAGUAAAGAAUUCUUGUAUAGAAGAGCAGUAUUUCCUUUCCUCUUUGAUAUGUGAUGUAAGAUUUUCAGACAGUUUAAAAAUUUUGUCCUGUGACAACCCAAAGGAGACAAGAGAAAAGUCCAUGAAUUUAGAUGGCAAUGUUUCAAAAAGCUGUCCUGAUCCCAUAGGAGGAUAUCACUGUUCACCUUACCCAGAAAUUGAUAACUUUGUUCUCUCUUUAGUCAGUAAAGAUGGUGUUCAAGGAGAGAUAAGAAGAUGGAGCUAUUUUUCUCUUGAACAGCUUCUUGUAUAUGACAUCUCCAAGUAUCGGUGGUGUAGGAAUAUUGACAGAGCUCAUAAAAGUAACAAUAUAAUGAUUGUAAUAGAUUUGAAAAGUGAGAAUUGGUAUCAAAAAUGCCAUGACCCUAUUUGCAGAGCAGAAAACUUCAAGUCAGAAUGUUUUCCUUUACCAGCUGAAAUAUGUCUUCCAUUCCUUUUCAAAGAGGAUGAAGAAUAUGUAUAUAUAAUGGAUGAAAAUGGGAACAUUGAAGAAAAAGCAAAUGUAUACCAUGGUCUUGCAGGCUUGUCAGACAGAAAAUCUUUAACUGCAGCACAAGAAACUAGAGAGCCAAACAUCAAGAAAAGUUCAGGUGUCAAAUGGGAUGAUGAGACCGACAUCUGUUUUCUGGAAGCUGUUGAGGAUGUGGAACUAGCUGAAGCUGCUGAUACUUUUCAGCCCUGGAUUAUAGAUGAAAUACCUGAUGAACUCCUAGUAGAUGCUUCAAAACACAAAGGGGAUGAAAUCAAGGAAUAACUCAUUUACUUAAUAAGUUGGAUAUUGCUGUAUAAAAAGCAUUUGCUGAAGUAGUCCUGCUGGCAGUAGUUACCAACUUUGUUUCUUGAAAGAUGACAAUAGUAUCAGCUAUUCACAGAAAACAAAUUCUAAAUGGUUACCAUGGUUGCUAAAGACCAAGAUACACAUUAUUAUUACUCACCCCUUAGAAGGUGACUUCUGGGGCAGAAAAAGGACUUUGCUUAACCACCGCCAAAAUGCCAAUGAAAUAGGCUCCCUUUUAAUUCUGGAAGUGGCUUAGUAUGGUGAAAGAUUCAAAUGAAUAAAGUUAUCAUAGU